AUGUCUCUAGUAAUUGUGGACUCAUAUUCCAAAUGGCCGAUAGUGAAGAUCAUGAACAAAACAUCCACCAGUAAAACUACUGAGAUAUUACGAGCAACGUUUGCAGGAUUUGGACUUUGUGAUGAGUUAGUGAGUGAUAAUGGUCCUCAAUUUUCUAGUGAGGAAUUCAAGAUUUUCAUGAAACUUAAUGGAAUCAGGCAUAUUACUAGUGCUCCGUAUCACCCUAAGACGAAUGGACUCGCUGAACGUUUUGUUCAAAGUUUUAAACAGGCAUUGAAAUCCUCAACAAAUGACAAAGGAACAUUGCAAACAAAAUUGUCUCGUUUCUUAAUGAAUUACCGGAAUACUGAACAUUCAACUACUGGAGAAACGCCUGCCAAACUUAUGUUAGGGCGCAAUCUGACUACGCGUUUGGAUAAAAUCAAACCCAGCUUAGAAGAGCGUGUAAGCAAAAACCAAGCAAAAAUGGUGCGUUCUAACGUAGAGCGAAAUUUCGAGGUUCAGGACAGUGUUAUGAUUCGUGAUUACCGUGACAAGCAUGAGAAAUGGAUUCCUGGAGUAGUUAAAACCAAAACUGGUCCAGUGUCUUACAAUGUGGAAAUAUAUCCUGGAGUUACCUGGAGACGUCACGCAGAUCAGCUCAGAGCCGCUAAUGUAACACCUGCAGGAAGCCCAGAAAUUUUCGUUGAUCCAGUGAUUCCAUCAACUCAGUCUAAAUCAUCAGUUGAAAGUGUUUCUCAGCCUGUGGAAAGUUCAGGUCCUACAUCACCUCAGAAGGCGAAAGUUACGACACCGAAACCGAAAGAACCGCCUCCUGUUGUCGAAUUGAGGCGUUCUUCACGCACAGUUAAGAAACGUGUAUUAAUGGAUCUAUGA